AACAACAUUGCUUGCAUUUAAAUGAAAUGUAAGGGAAACAAAACUCACCUGUUUGCUGUUUUUCUUUAUUUGACAUGACACCAUUGUUAUUUUGACAAACAUGACAUGUAGGUGACCCAGUUGGAAAUGCUGUCAGUGGGACAAGGUAUGAGGUUCAGCUGACACAGACAAGAUGAUGGAGGUGAAGACAGUCAGGCUCAUUUUCAUCUGUUUUUCACUGCUUCACGGUUUUGCUGAAGCACUGAGAUGCACCAGCCCAACUCUUGAAUCCUUGUUUGAUGCACUUGAGAGAGAAGUAUUUAAUAAAAAACAUCUGCGACCUGUAAAAAAACCCACAGAUGCACUCAAUGUUUCAGUCGGAAUGACUUUGGAGGGAAUUUUAGGAGUGAAUGAAAAAGCCCAGUCCGUGACAUCACUCUUAUGGCAAGUCCUGGAGUGGGAUAUAGAGGGACUGAGCUGGGAUGAGAAGGAAUGUGGUGUUAGAAGAGUUUCUGUCCCUCGAGACAAGCUUUGGAUCCCAGACGUCAUCAUUGCGGAGAUCAUGGAUGAGGACACAUCUCCUUUUAUUCCCUACGUCUACUUAUACAACACAGGUCGUGUGUAUGAUGAUAGGCCAUUAAGAAUGGUGACCUCCUGCCGAUUAGAAAUCUACACUUUUCCCUUUGAUAUCCAAAAUUGCUCGCUGACCUUUGGACCAUUUCUACACCUUGUGGAAGAUGUAAGGAUGUUUGCACGUUCCUCAGCUGAAGAGAUCCUGGCGGAGUCUAAAAACGUGAUGCAGAUCCAAGGGGAAUGGGAGCUUUUAGAUAUCAAAGGAGCUCCAAGAACCUUGAACAUAAUUGCUGGAAGCUACUCUGAGAUCAGAUACUAUAUUAUUUUGAGACGUAGGCCAAUCCUCUAUGUUGUAAACCUCCUGAUGCCCAGCUGCUUCCUCAUCGCAUUGGACCUCUUCAGCUUCCUGCUGCCUCCCCAUAGUGUGGACCGGUCCUCCUUCAAGAUGACCCUCAUCCUGGGCUACACUGUUUUCUUGCUCCUCAUGAACGAUCUGCUGCCUGUCACUGGAAAUUCAACACCUCUCAUGAAUGUUUUCUUCUCGAUCAGCCUCGCUCUGAUGGUGGCAAGCCUGUUGGAGACGGUGUUUAUCACUAACAUCCAGCUCAGUGGUGACCAGCACGGUGUGAUGCCUAACUGGCUCAAAGUCCUCGUGUUACGAUAUCUAGCUGUUAUUGUUUGUGUCCCCCGGGCAAAGAGGAACCGCCACGUCGCAAUGUCCCCUCAUGCACCUGCCAGAGCAAUGAAUAUCAGCAGUGUCUCUGUUGAUACACCCCCUGUGACACCCCUUCAUGAGCCAGCUCUGGAUGAACUGAGAAAGCUGAGCAAAGAUCUCAUGGCCAUCCGCCACCACGUGGACAAACACUUCAAGGGGAACCAUAUGUCACAGGAAUGGCAAAUGAUAGGGAUUGUUAUUGACCGUCUGCUAUUCGGCUUGUACAUUAUUUUCAUCUUGAUCUGCUUAAUCACCAUUGUAUGUGUCUGGACCGUGAGUAGCUCACAUGUAAGUUCAUGAUGAGGAGAGCUUAAUCACACAUGCUUGUUUUGAUCAUCAGCAAAAGUAUGGCAGGUUGGCUGUUUAUACAGUUAUAAAGACAAAAUUAGAAAAAAUAAAAAUAAAAGUAGAAUACACUAUACACACACACUGGACUCUGUGCCAACACAUGCAUCCACCUCUGGAGAGGACAGGAGACAUGAGCACAGCUGGAUUUCUCCUACCUUUGGGACAAACACAUAAAAUGUCCCAUCAGGAUUGGGUAUGCAUUUGAUGAAAUGAUCUUCCACUAUUAUUUCUAUGUCAUUCUUUGUCCACUUAAUGUUGAUGUUGGGAGGGAAGGAGCAGUUGACGAAGCAAAUGAGAGUAUUUUCUUCUUCUGUAAUCACUUCAUCUUUGGGGCAGGUGAUGACAUCUGAGGCCUGUACUACGAAGCCAGUUCAACUUACCCAAGAUAUCUUCUUGUCAUCUGGCUUGACUAACCCUAACAUUGUCCAUCUGGAUAACCGCUACUACAAAGCUGGUUAUCAGCUAGUUCGGUCAACUCUGGGUUUUCCUAUCCAGCCACGAGUGCGUUCAUGUCAAAGAGAUGAGGGUGUUAAUUACAAGCAGCAUCAUCACAACCAUGAAUGAAUUAGGAUACUUCAUAUGAUAUCGUCCAUGGACACUUUUUCUUCAGUGAUCUGAUUAGUCAGAGGUCGGGGUGUUGACAGGCUGUGAUCUGAUACCCUGAAGUUAAC